AGGAGAACUGAGAACAGGCGCUCACACUCACAGCUCUGGAGCUGGACUCUGUGACAUAUAACUAACACUCUGAAUUGGGGAGAUGAGAUAUAUAUAAACUCCUAUAUAUAGCGCCAAGCACUGAGCCGAGUCAGCGUCUAUAGAGUUAUGGAUACAUUCAAUUAUGGAGCCCCUCCUGGACAGGCCUUCCAACCUGGGUACCCCAUGAAUCAUGGCGGGUUUGCUCAGCCUCCUGUUCCACCGGCUGGUAUGAAUCCUGCUAUGGCUCCGGCAUACUACCCACCGGUCAACAAUGCCGGAUUUCCUUCACCUGCCCAAGGUUUUCCUGCCGCGGCCGCGACUGCUCCUCCCGCUGAGUUCCCUGGUCCUUUGCCUGGAUAUGAAAGCAUAUUCGGUGGUGAUAACGGUGGAAAAUUCCUACCUCCUCCGCCAGAUAUGGGACCAGGUCCUGCUCCCGUUCCUUCUUCUGCAGACUCCAGCUGGCAAGUCCCAUCUAUCUCAAAUGAAGAUGCCAAAGACGCUUUAUUGGAAUAUGUCAAUGGAGAAUGCUGCUAUGGAACAACUCCAGUAAAUGAGAUGGCGAUCCAAGCCCUUAAGCCGUAUAAUACAUAUCGGUAUCGCCUGGAAACCUUUACGGAGGCGCGUACCUGUGACUGGACAACUACGCCGUAUACUGGCCAAACUUUGGAUUCUCCAGCCAACGGUCCCGCUCCUCUACCGUGGCAGAUCCCAGUGACGGCUCCACCUCUGUUUAAGGACGAGACGAAGAAGACGCCGGUUCCUCACACGUCUUCUGUGAAGCAAUGCCCACUGUGCAAUGGGAUUGGCAAAAUCGUGUGCCAGAAAUGUCACGGAUCCAGGGGGCAGUGUUCAUCCUGCAAUGGGAAAGGGGAGAACAGUGAAAAGGAGAAGUGUCAUAGAUGCGAUGGAGAUGGAAAAGAAAACUGCAGUUCAUGUAACAACAAUAACGUACAGACGUGCACAACCUGCAACGGAAAAGGACAAGUUGUGAGCUUCAUCGAACUGACUGUUACAUGGAAAAAUAAUGUUUCUGAGUAUAUACCCGACCACAACUCUGACUUUCCUAUUGACAAAUUCAAAGAAGUUAAAGGAGACAAAAUCUUCACAGACGAACAGAUGAUGGUGCCUCCUCUGGUGAACUUUCCGGAAGCCUCCAUUAAUCAGGCUUCUCAGAACUGCGUGCAGGAUCAUCGUAAUCAGUAUUUCACAACGUGCAGGGUGCUCAGACAGAGACAUUCCAUCGAAUGGCUGCCACUCACCAAGGUGGAAUACACCUGGAAAGAAAAACCCUACAACUAUUUUGUAUAUGGAAAAGAGAAAAAAGUCUAUACUGAAAAGUAUGCACAAACAUGCUGCUGUGUAAUUCUGUAACUGGCUCCAAACAACCAACCAAUCAAUGCAAAGAAAAAAAAAAUCCCUAAAACGUUAGUUUGCCCGAGUUUGAGAAAUAUGUGGAUUGGCACCUUAUGUACCAACGAGGUGUUAAACAUUACAAUUAAAAGUUGAAUAGAUAAUCGUAUUCGUUUUAAAACAUUUUAUUGUAGAAUUUUAUUUUUACUAGUGUAACUCUUUUGUUAUAACGAUGGAAUUUGUAUUUCCAAUAAAGGCAUU